AUGCCACCAACCCAUCGGCCUUUUUACGACUUUUGGCGACAAUUAGAGACGGACCCCGAGGUCAAGGUCAAGCAUCAUAGUUCAAUACUGUGGCCUUUCAUCAACAAGGACUCCCUUGGGAAGCCUACGCCGCUCCUCUUGCUUCUUAAUUCCAGAGGCCGUCAACCGCCCCCUUUCUUCCUUGACGCGGAUGCACAAAACGUCCAUAGAGCAGUAUUGACCGACGUGCUAGUAGAUGGCCCGCCGUUCCCCACGGACCGCAUGCAAUUGAUCCUCCGGGGCAUCUCCUCUGGUGACGUCUAUGGAACUCUGAGAGAAGUUCCAAACGUUGACCGGGGAACCUGGCUUCAUUUGUCAACCAAAGACUACGACUGGCCUACAUCUGACAUAUAUGGCAAGAAGUGGCUUGUAAAUCAAUUCGGGGCUCCAGCCGGCAUGGUGAUUCUAGAGAUACAGGAGCGCUUAAUGGACUUCCUUGUCAAAUGUUGCCAUCAAAUUCUUCAUGAUAUUGAGCCGGAAAAUCUGUUCAGCGAUGUUUACCCUGUUCAGCCUGAGCCGGAACUCCCCGCGAAUACUCAGACUCAGGGGAUACAAACGUCCCUGCUCGAGAUAACUGUCGAAGCCCCCUACCGUGUACUAACUCGGCUUGACUUUGCCAACCUUGAGAAGUUGUUUGCGGCCAAAGCCAGGGCUGCAGAGGAUCACAUUUGGGCGAUGCGCGAGGAUCCCAAUUACUUUGUGGAACAAAUCAGUGAUAUGCACGAUCAUAUGCAACUCAUAGGCUUCAGAAGAAAACACACAAGCACAUGGGGAGCAGCCAUUGCCGACGUUUUGACUAACGCGUACACAUUGGUCGAGAUCUUCACAGAAAUCCAUCGAAUUACCAAAUGCCUGCGAGAAAUGCAGGAGAAGUACGCGAGCGUCAUAUCACCUACAGAGAAAUUGCCAGUUGAUUACAACAACCAGAUUCGCCACUUUCUCUCUUUCGUACUGACUAGUAGAGAGGUGUUCCUAGAGAAACUAGAGUUUUUGGUCAAGCGUUCUCCCCGGUUACGAGCCGCUGUCGCUCUCUCGCACAAUCACCCUGAGACUCGGGAGAGACCCCUGACCCUCAACGAGAACUUUUUAGUCGAGUGGGUAAUCUGGCAAAUAUAUGGUGCGAGGGGCAGACUGGAUUGUGAGAGUGUCGUUCCUGAUAUCUAUGUUAUGAACCUGGCCAUAAACGACCUGGAAUUGCAGGUGGUAAGGGACAAGGCAAUUCUAGACUUACUAUCACCGACUGCCCGAGCCAUGCUUGGUGACUUCGCGAUAAUCAUCCAGACUUUGCAUGCGCUCGAGCGUUUCGAGCCGUGGAACCGAGGUUUCGGUGUUAGCCCUGGCGAUCAUUCCAUGGAUUGGUCGAAAGACAUCAUCGGAAACAAGAUUGACAUUUGGGGAGAGUUCAAAGAAGCUAUCCAAAUAGAGCCAGCGCCGGACCUCAUUCAGUUUUGCGAGCCUGACCUGGGGAAGUUCACCUAUCCUGUAUACCGACGCAAGAACAAGGAAAAUGUUGAGAUGAUGCGGCGAGCGGAGUGGAACCUAGAUGCUUUCUGGGCCAGAGCAGAUCGGUAUCUCUACGAAAGAACGGAGGACAUGGAUGAAAGUAUCCUGACAGGACUGCUCAAAAGCCCUCGUGCCCUGCACCGGACACCUGAAUGGGUUGAGCCCACGAAAGAGAAGAGGAAAGUGCUCGACAUUGAGCAACCCAUGUCGACCUUUUUCUUUGGGUUGUCCAGUGACGAUAGAGACACUAAGGCGUCAGGUCGUCUUUCAGUGAAGCCAGACAAGGCGAAACUCAAGACAAAAGGAACUUCAACCAAAUCAACUGAAGUCGAUGAAGCCCCAGCUGAAGCGAUGACCCAAGUUACGCUCGAGGAUCCAAAGCCGAUAUUCAAGGUUGACCGACGAGCACUCAAGACAUUUCGCAUUCUCUUUUAUGACCCAGAUGUUACUUCUACCCCCGGUGAAGUUCCAUGGAACGACUUUUUGCAUGCGUUGACUUCAGUUGGGCUUGCUGCCGAGAAGCUAUAUGGGUCUGUAUGGCAAUUCUCGCCAUCUACUCUGGAGGCUAAUGCGAGUAUACACUUUCACGAACCUCACCCACAUAAUAAGGUGCCCUUUGUUAUUGCUAGGCGCCAUGGACGGAGACUUUACCGAACUUAUGGGUGGAUUGGGGAGCAAUUUGUACUCGACAAGUAA